AUGGGUCUACAUGGAAGUCCCUUCGAGUCCGCCGCGACGGACCCAAAAAUCUGUGCCCAGCCCAGCCCAACGGCGGAUGGCUGGAAACUGGAGAGGGCGGCCAAGGAACCCUGGCCUCCGCCGAUCCAGCGGGCCAAAGGGGGCGAGGACCGCCGUUGGCCUCUGCUGGCCAAGGUGGGACGAAGCUGUCCGCAAAAAAGCGCCGAGACGCUGAGCAGCCAAUACGGGCUGCACCUCCUGCUGGCUGGGCUGCUGUUGAUGUUCGCCUGGGCUGUCCACGCCGUCGGGGUGGCCAAAAGCGCCGUCCUGGCUUACUUGCUCUCCCUCAUGGCACUGCAGCUCCUCUGGAUGGCUUGGUACCUGUGCCGCCGCUGCGCGCACAAGAGGCUCAUCCAGGACAAGGACACCCAAGCCGGAGCACGCUGGCUCAAGUGUGGAAUUACUUUGUUUGCAAUCAUUACUUUAAUUAUGGAUUCUUUCAAAAUUGGAUACUUUGUUGGAUUUUCAAGUUGCUUAUCAAUUACAGAAGGCAUUUUUCCAGUUGCACAUGCAAUUCAUACACUUUUGCAGGUAUAUUUUUUAUGGUGCCACGCAAAGGAUGUUAUCCAGUCCUUCAAAACACUGGAGAGGUUUGGAGUAAUUCAUUCAGUGUUCACAAAUUUGCUUUUGUGGACAAAUGGCAUAUUAGCUGAAUCAAAGCAUCAACUUAAUGAACACAAGGAAAGGUUAAUUACUCUUGGAUUUGGAAACAUAUCAAUAGAACUGGAUGAUCAUACACCACUUUGCAACUGUACCUCCACUACCCUCUGUUCCAUAUUUUCCCAAGGAAUAUAUUAUUUAUACCCCUUCAAUAUUGAGUACCACAUUUUAGCAUCCACAAUGCUGUACGUGGUCUGGAAAAACAUUGGGCGUAAAGUUGAAUAUCUACAGCCACAUAAGAUGCCAUUCAAGUUUCAGGGCAAAGCAAUAGGCAACAUCUUAGGUCUAGUAGUAUUUAUUACAACAAUAGCAGUUGUAGUUGUUUAUCUUAUUCAGAUUGGGCGUUCAAAAUUAAAGAGUGAACUAGCACUUACUAUGUUUUACUUGUAUGCCAUCACAGUACUGGCACUCAUGUGUGCAGCUGGUAUUGUGGCGAUUCUAAUCUAUAGACUUGAAGACAAAUCACUGGAUGUUUCUAAAAAUCCAGCUAGAAAACUUGAUGCAGACCUCUUGGUGGGGACCGCCUCAGGCUCCUGGCUUCUUUCUUGGGGUUCUAUUCUUGCAAUUAUCUCUGCUCAGUCCCAUCCUGCAUAUACAUGGUUCAAUUUGCCCUACUCUGUGCUUGUUAUAAUUGAGAAAUACAUUCAGAACCUCUUCAUAAUUGAAUCUAUACAUCGUGAGCAUGACAAGAGUAAUGAUGACAUUAAAACUCUGCGAAUAUUAACAGUGUCCAGUGGAAGCAAUCUUUCCCCUACAGCUUCCUACAAAGAAAUCUAUAAUGGAACAAAUGGAGAGUUGUCAUCCAUAUAUUAUGGAAAUAGUUAUCCAUCUGAGAACAGUUCCAGUUGUGCUUUCCAUGAAAACAUCGAUCAGAGCAAGAUUCCAGUCCCUCCAUCCUCUCCAGAUUUCUCACUCACUCUGAGAAACUUCUCUGUCAACAGCAAAAGAAGUAUCUUGAAGAAUAUUGCUGUAUUUUUGUUCUUGUGUAAUCUCUCACUUUGGAUUCCACAAGCUUUUGGUUGCCGCCCUGAAUAUGACAAUGGCCUGGAAGAAAUGGUUUUUGGAUUUGAACCUUGGAUCAUUAUGGUGAAUCUUGCAAUGCCCUUUUCCAUUUUCUACCGGAUGCAUUCAGCUGCCUCCCUCUUUGAGGUUAGCUGCAAAAUGUAA